UAUUUACAUCACGUGAUCGGCAGAAUUCUGCUGUGCUGCGUUCCUGCUUCUUCCACGAGCGAAAGAUCGUCUAGAAUACAUUCUCUAUGAUAUACAUGGAUAUAAUUUUUAGAAAAGGGGACAAGCAUUUCCAUACAAAGCCAAAAGAAAAACAACCUUUGCCCUGGAAAUAGAUUGGUCAAGCAAAUGGUGACUCAAGCGAACUUAGCUAGCAGGCUUGGCUAGCGUAGCCUCCUUAUCUUAGUUGCCUAACAACUAUUGCUAGCUAGUACAGCGGGCUACAGAAUAUUCCUUUUUAGCCUGCUAGCUAUUAGUUAGAUGCAAGUGUUCGCUUGCUAGUAGUGCAAUUAUGGUGUGGUCAUCAAAUACAGUAGAAUUUAUCUGCACCCUGUGCUUCACUGCGUUCGUUAUUCAACUGGGUCGUGCUACAUCCGAAGAGAAGGAUGAAACAUCGGAGUUCCAUUUCUAUGAAGACCCUUACUUAAUAUCCGACACGGAAAACAGUCCUAACUUCGUCGGUAUGACAAACGACCCUGAGCCGCAGCAGAAGAUACAGUUUAAAACUGCGGAAAUCGCUGAUGCGGUCAUGGGAACCAGCCUACCUUCAGAUGCGCUCAACAUGGAGUCUCUUAUACCGAAAAAUAUCAAGGAUUUCCAAGGAGGCUUUUCUGCUCCGUGCGAGGAAGGAGAGAAAUGCGGUUCCCUUCUGACGGCAGUGACCGGCGAAGAGCCCGCAAAUGCCAAAGAAGAGAUUGUGCCGGUAACUCUGGGAAUGGUACACGUUGACAUGGCCGCUGAAGAGCAGAACUCCACCGAAUCCGCCAAGACAUACAAAGUGACCUGUGACAAAAGGAACAUCACGGGGAUCGAUAACUUCGCAGUGAUGAUCCUGAACGCGUCACAGGACUUGAUGGAUUUUUUAAAUGCGAACAGCACGGAGUGCUCCCUGGUGUUAUUCUACACGACCUGGUGCCAGUUCUCCGCCAAUCUCGCACCGCACUUCAACGCGUUGCCAAGGGUUUUUCCCAGCAUGCACUUCCUGGCCCUUGAUGCUUCCCAGCACAGCGGUCUCUCUACUAGGUUUGGGACGGUCGCGGUUCCCAACAUCCUCCUGUUUCAGGGCGUCAAGCCGAUGGCCCGGUUCAAUCAGACGGACCGAACGUUGGAGACGCUGACGUCUUUCAUCGCGAACCAGACCGGUUUCGAGGCGAACGCGGAUCAGAACGUGACCGAGGAGGACACCGCGGGCCCUCUUCCCAGCGUCCCUGUGAAAAGCAUCGACUGGCUGCUCGUCUUCUCGAUUCUGUUCAUAUCGGGGUUCACCAUUUACGCCGUGCUGCGCACAGACAGCAUACGGUGGCUUAUACCAGGGCAGGAACACGACCACCAAGACUAGUGCCAUAUUAACGCUCCCUGUUCGGGUUUUAGAAUCGGGGCUGGCGGAACGGUCCUGGGAUUUACUGUACGUAGGCUACUUACUUAGGUUGUUUCCAGGGCGAUUUUUAAUAAGUUGCACUUUUUCCAUUGUCGUUGAAGUAGCAGUUUCAGAAGCCGGGCGUCCACAGUUGUUUGCCUUGAAGACACCAAGACGGUUAAACCUUGGUUAAACUAAAUAAUGUGUUAAAUUAUUAAAAACACAGGUUACAUAAGUUACCAGAAAAAUGUGUGCAUAUAAAAUAACUGUGGCCUCGGAGGCCCAUUACUGUGAACGUUUGAGUCCUACUGCUGCUCAAUGAGCAGAUUACAGACUGCAGAGGCAGAGGAGGGCUCCGUGUUUUUUGAUGGGGUGAGCCCUGUUAGCCCUGUUCCAAAUUAUUCAAAUUCUACAACGUACUGUGACUUGGAUGUACAUUCAUUAUUUUUUGACUUAAAUUAAUUUAAAUUAAAGUGUAAAAUACAGUAUAAUAAAAUAAUAAAUCCCAUGCCUGGUUUUAAA